AAUACGACUUUGUAUGGUCUCACAAAGAUUCCGCGUAUCGAAUCACUUCCCAACAAAACACAUUUUAUAAGCUCGUCUCUCUCUCUUACUUCUCUCUCUCUCUCUCUCUCUCUCUCUCUCUCUCACAAAACCAGUAACAUCGCCAAUGGAUCGCACCCACCAACCCGAAUCCACGACCCGACCCGGAAACACCGUCGUCCUCUCCAUCGACUGUCUUAAAGGAAGCUCCAAAAGCGACGAAUGGAGCGGCGAUAUGCUUCAAACCGGAGACAUAGUUGAAGAAAUCCGGAUCGGUUCAGGACCCGGUUCGGCUAUUUUCAAAGCUCCGUUUAAAGGAGGUAAAGCUUGGUUACAGAAAGUUCUACACAAUUCUUACAGAAACAAAGAUACUUCGAUUGUUGUAAGAGUCAGACGUGGCUCCCACGAUUUAUCCGAUCUGUCUGCUUGUAUUGUUCCUAACGAUUCCGCCGGUAAAAAACAGUACAUGCUUAGAUCCAUUGAUGACCCGAAUUAUACAGUCGGGUUCUCGGAUCGGACUGAGUCCGAUUGCCUCGGUAUACAAGCAUCAAGAGGAUCAAGAAUGGUGGAAGCAUUGGUGAGAGCAAAGCUUCAAGAUGGUUACGUUUCAUAUCCAUGGGAAAGACGAAUGCAAGAAGCCUUGCCAAUCUCCGGCUCAAGCAACUUCCUCUCCAUUCUUUUCCUUCCCAAAGCUUCUGCUUAUGGAAGGGCUGGUUCUCGGUAUAACGACUUGGAAGACACACUUGCUCGUGCAAAUGCUUGGCUAAGUUGUUCACAAGCCAAUGGCGUUCCUAUCGUCUUCAUGAAUAUUCAGACUGAAUCUUUGCUUACCAAGAUAUCUGGAGAAACCGCCUCGGCGACAGUUAAUACGACAUCGCUUUCUGACCUAUCGAAUCUUGCAAACGCCAGUCUAUAUGGGUUUGAGGAUUAUCAUGGAGUUGAUAUAGGUGUGGUUAGAGCAGUUCGGCUUUGGUAUGCUCCUCUUGGCGUUGAGUUGCCAAUCGAAAUCAAACUCAGAGAUGAUGACACCAAACUAGGGUUCUCCAUCAGCCGCACUGAAGAGGGUUUCAUUUAUGUUUCGUCAGUGACGGACCACGACGACGAGAGUGCACCAGCUGCAAGAUCCGGCCUGAGCUCAUUAUACAGAGACGCAGCCAAAGCUUCGCGUCGUCUGGUGGUUUCACGUGUCGGUAGCCAGAAGGUAUUGCCGUGGAUGGUUUCAUCCACAGGAGCCAUUCGCUGCUACGACACCGUUUCGCUCAGCCAGAAACUGUCGCUUCACCGUCACGCAAAGGUUUCCAUCGUCCUCCACGUCAUUCUCUGGGAUUGCUCCGCCACCGCUGCAUUCUCCUCACCUCCCAGGAGCAGCACCCACUUGUUGUUUAGUAACGAAACGCUAGAUUCGAUGGAGUUUUCACAGCUUCGCGAGGCAUUGCCACCGCGACAGGUCGGUGACAGACAAGUGAUGCCAUUGGCGGAUGACGAGGAUGUGUUCAGGUUUGAACGCGAGAAUGCGGGUAAUGCUUCGUUCAAGUUCCAGGAGAUCCCUUUUACUAACGAGUCCUUGUGAGUUUGCGAUGAAAUCUCUUCUUCUGUUAUAUUUGUGAGUUAUAUUUUUGUGGGAUAUGGAUUUUAUAAGUGCAUGUAACUAAUUGGAACACACAACACCAAGGUUAGUUAUAUUUAGUUUGUUCCUUUGAUGCUUGUACGUUUUCUUUGUAAUGGAGGGUUUCUUUGAAGCUGUACAACAUUGUUUAACUCUACAAAACUCACGUUUUAGAGACAAUAGUAAUAGAAAAAGAGUAAGCUA